AUGGCUACUAACCUACUUGCCCACUGUGCUUAUAGACACUACUCCCUCACGGCGUCAGGGAUUUCCCCUGGGCAGGUUUUACACGAUCUAAGGGAGUUUGACACGCAUGGCCCAGCACCUACUACAACGAAAGACGACGAACCAUUUGACCCUGAUAAUCAAAAAUUCUUACGUCGGAUACAACAACGUGGUCGGGAGGCGAUGAUCGCCGAUAGUUUUGCUCGAGUCCGGCGAGAUUUCGACGCGUUUUUGGAGGAAAAAGUCAACUUAAACUGGGAUGAACAACGACAGAAGAUUUAUGAGCAUUUCGGCUUAGCUCCUAGAGGUGACACGGGAGGCGAUGAUUUAGGAGCCACUAGGCGCGAGAGCGGGGCCUUCGGGACAACCAAGGGCGUUAGGUUUGGAGGGGAUCUAGGACAGCGACCCACGGCCAGCACGAGAAGGAGCGUAUUUGGACGUUCGGCGCUUUCAAAGUCAGUCAUUGGGUCUACUACCGGUAGCGGCAAUGCUAUGCAGAUUUUCUCGCCUGGAGCAUCAAGUGCACACGCCGCAGAUACACGUUUCUUGCGAGAGAAAAUGGGUCAUUUUGCGACAAAGGUCCAACGUUUGAAUGAAACAAGGCAACAGGAGAAAGCAUUCCCAAUUCUUCAUGAGUUUGCUGAGACUGAAAAGCUUUCCGCAUCAGACGUUCCUCGCCAGCUUUUCGAAGCUUAUCAAACGUUGAUAAGCAUUACGAAUGAAGAUCCAAACAUAGUCUAUUUUGCAGAGCCAGGCGCAAUCCAGGAGCGCCAAUUUUGCACAAGACUAUUUGAAUGA